AAAGCAGCGCAGCUUGAGCAGGGUCAGAGUGCACCGAGACCAACUGAGAUGAAUGUGACACGAGUUUGACCAGCCGAGAUGAAGUAACCCUGCCGACACAUUCCGUGUCCACCCGGAGGGAAAAAUAACACAAUGGUAUUUCCGUGGGCGGUAUGGCUGCUUCGUUGCAAGUCUGCUUUCCAGCCACGGGGGAGAAUCCAAAGGGUGUGGAUAUGUUUGUCGAGGCGGGCUGAUAUAUAUGUGAAGGACGUGUUAUCUAUCUCUACCUGGAACGCACAUGACGUACUGUUGGGGGAAUUCGCAUGGGAUCGAAAGUGUUACAUCACCGUAGGGGAAAGUAUGCUGUUGGCGGUAUAAGUUGCUGGUAUAUUGUAACAGAGUAUUUUUACAUAUGUAGAGAGCAUAAUUUACAGUUUUCUUCCUUUUUCAAUUUCAAUAUUUAAGAAGAUUGAAAAAUAUUCAACUGAACAGUAUAUUAUAUCAGCUAUGUUUAGAGUUCUCACCUAUUCUUCUCAAGUUUUCAGCUGGGUUUUUAAUCUUUGUAUCUG